AAUUCAUUCGAGUCAAGCGGGCUGAGAAAGCUGAGCUACAGUGGGGUCUGCGGUGAUGACGUAAUCUAAGGUAUUUGUCAACAUGUGCUUUAAAGAUGUAGGUGAUUCUCAUCAGUGUAUGUAGCCUAUCCAGUCUUGUUCUCGAAGUACCAAGUUUUGUUAUUGUCAAAAAUACAAACUCACAUGCUCUGAAACAAUUUGGUGGAAUUCUCAUAAGGAUAUAUUAUUCAAAUCUGUAUAAUUAUUAAGAAGCUGUCAUAAUGACACAGAAAGGAUUUACUUUUAACAAACCCAGAGAGAUCAACAGAACAUAUGUACUCUCCGCAUGUAAAAACUAUUCAACACCACCAAAGCCAGAGACUAAAUUAGUACUGCAGAAGAGGAAGACAAUAACCAAGGAACCUCCUCAUGUGGAGACUGGCCCAGACAGGAAUGUUGGUGAUCUGGAUGUAACUGAAAAGCGUCUAACAUUACAAAGGAGAGUGAGAGCUGGAUCCACUGACAAGGAAUCUAUAGAAAAUAUUCCAGAAGAUGUUUUAAAGCUAAAGAUCUCUGUGGAACAGCAGGAGACAAAAUCUGCUUUACUUAUCACCCAGGAAGUCCAAAUUAGCAAGGAUCCUGCAGACUCAAAAUUUGAUUCUAAAUUGAAAGGAUUGGACAAUUUCAUAGAAAAGCCAUCUCAUGUGAAGUCAUCAGUAAAUGGGAUAAAACUUCAAAAUCACCUAAAUGUUGAAAGAUCAGAAGACAAUAGAAGACUGCAGGUCAUCAAGGGGGUUACAAUAGGAUCAAAGAGAAAUGAUGUCCCAAGCAGUCCACGAAAGGUGGGGCAAGAUGCUACAAAGAUACCUGUACUAAAAUGUGGCAGCCUGGACCGUCCAAAACCACCAAAGACUGAUACACCUGGAAUAAUCAGGUCCUCAUCGACUCGGGAUAAUAGAAGUCCUUUGUUAACACCAAAGCGCCCAACAAGUACUCUGCCUAGUACCCAAAGUAAAAAGCCAAGUAUGUUAAACCAAAUAGAAAAGUCACAGGAAAUAAUCCGUCCGUCAGAGUCUCUGUGUGUUAAGGACGAAUCGGCUGGCUUUCAUCCUAAUAUACACAAUCAUGGCUCAUCAGAGGAAAACUGUGCAGUGACUGUGGCUGUUCGUGUUCGGCCCUUCAGUAAAAGGGAAAUAAGUGAAAAUGCCAUGCAGGUGGUGUCUAUGAAUGGACAAGAGACGUGUUUGCAACAUCCAAACUCCAAGCAGAAUCACAGCUUCCAAUAUGACUUCUCCUUCUGGUCUUUGGAAAAGUCUCACGCUAGCUAUGCUGGUCAAGAAUUUGUAUAUGAAAAGCUAGCUUUACCUUUGUUAGAAAGGUCUAUGUUGGGAUACAACACCUGUUUGUUUGCUUAUGGCCAGACUGGAUCAGGAAAAUCCUACACUAUGAUGGGUUUUGAUGAAGAACCAGGUAUUAUUCCAAGGUUUUGUGCUGAUCUCUUUUCUCGGAUUGACAAGCACCUAAAACAAUCGAUCUCCUUUAAUUUGGAAAUGAGCUAUUUUGAAGUGUACAAUGAGAAGAUACAUGACUUGCUGGCUUUUAAAGCAGACAAUGGACAGACUAAGCAGGCGCUCCGAGUCAGGGAACAUCCACUUCAUGGACCUUAUGUGGAAGAUCUCUCAACAAAUGUAGUGUCGUCCUUUCAAGAUAUUCAGAGUUGGCUGGAGUUGGGGAACAAACAGAGAGCUACAGCUGCCACAGGAAUGAAUGACAAAAGCUCAAGGUCUCACUCUGUAUUUACACUCACAGUGACUCAGUCCAAGACUGAGAGUGUUGCAGGAGAAGAACAUGAUUAUCGUAUUACCAGCAGAAUUAACCUUGUGGAUCUUGCGGGAAGUGAGAGGUGUGUUUCUGCGCAGACCAGUGGAGAGCGACUCAAGGAGGGUGUGAGUAUCAACAAGUCCUUACUGACAUUGGGUAAAGUGAUAUCUGCUCUCUCUGAAAACUCCCAGAUGCGAAAGAAAGUUUUUAUACCAUACCGGGAUUCUGUAUUGACCUGGUUGUUGAAAGAUAGUCUUGGGGGGAAUUCCAAAACUACAAUGAUUGCCACAAUCAGCCCUGCACUGACUAAUAUCGAGGAGACGUUAAGCACGUUACGGUAUGCAAAACAGGCUCGUCUCAUCAUUAAUGUUGCCAAGGUGAAUGAGGACAUGAACACCAAACUUAUUAGAGAACUUAAACUGGAGAUUGAGAAACUGAGGGCAUCACAAAUUUCUGGAAAUAACGUAAAUUCAGAAAAAUACAAGCGCUGUCAACAGGAAAUCUUUUCUCUGAAACUUAGAGAGAGGCAACUAGAAAGGGAGAUGUGUGAACUGCAAAGGGCCUGGAAGGACAAACUUGAGCAAGCUGAAGAGAGAAAGAAAGUUGAGAUGAAGGAGCUACAGAAAGCUGGAAUCACUUUUAAGAUGGACAAUCGAUUGCCAAAUCUGGUUAACCUCAAUGAAGACCCUCAGUUGUCAGAGAUGCUAUUGUAUAUGAUAAAGGAAGGUCAAACCACAGUGGGAAAAUACAGAGAGGGAUCAGCUCAUGAUAUCCAGCUCUCCGGGGCUCUCAUUGCAGAUAAUCACUGCGUGAUCACAAACAUUGAAAACACAGUGAGUUUAACACCUUCUGCAAAUGCGAAAACCUUUGUUAAUGGUAACGACAUUUCUGAGUCAACUAUCCUACACCAUGGUGAUCGUGUGAUCCUAGGAGGGGAUCAUUAUUUUAGGUUCAAUCAUCCAGUGGAAGUUCAAAUGCUAAAAGCUGCAUCAACCACAUCGUCUGAGGGACCUAAAGACUUUGAGUUUGCAAAGAAUGAGCUGGUGACUGCACAGAGGUCAAAGUUAGAAGAGGAAAUUGAAGAAGCACGCUUAAGAGCGAAAGAAGAGAUGAUGAGAGAAAUUCAGAUUGCAAAAGAAAUGGCUCAGCAGGAGCUAAAUUCCCAGAGGUCCGCCUACGAAGACAAGAUUAGAUCCCUGGAGUCUGAGCUGAUGGAAGAAAGCCGUAAAAAGCAGUUGAAUGCGGUGAACACUCAGAAAGCAGCUAGUCGUAUCCAGGAGCUGGAGGAAGUAAAGAUAAAUCUUCAACACGAGGUCCAUAUGAGUAGAAGACGACUGGAAAUGGAGACCUUAACAGCUAGACAGGAAUUAGAGGACCAUACAGUUCGUCAUGCCAAGAUCCUUCAAGCUCUGGAGGCAGAAAAGCAAAAAAUUGCUAAGGAAGUACAAACACUCCUUCAAGAGAAGAGCACCCGGGGUCGAAGUAUUGCUGCCAGUCCCAACUGGAGCUCUAUGAAACUGUCCGUGAUGAUUCAGGAAGCGAACACGAUCAGCAGUAAACUAAAGAAACACAUGGUUUUCAGCAGACAUGAUCCAACAGAUAAGGAAAAUGUACCGUACCACCCAGUACAAAUAAAGGUCCGGAAUCUGAAGCUAGGAAUUGUAACCUUCUGGAGUGUGGAGAAGUUUGAAAAUACCUUGGUUACGAUGAAAGAUUUGUAUGAGAAUAAUGGGGGAGCAAAGGAUGAUGAUUUGUUUUGUGACCAUGAAGAUGAAUGGGAACCUGACUUAGAAAACCCGUCUGUGUCCAACAUUUCUAGAAGAAGAAGCCUAAUGAAGAACAAAAGGAUUUCUGGGUGCCUCUAUGAAAUCAGAGUUCACCCUAUUCAGAGCUUACAGACUGGUCACAAAUCAGGUCUAAUGAACAAAUCCACCAGUUUUCUAAGUAAAUCUAGCAGUGUUUGCUCAAAUACCCCAGAUGCCUUCCUGCCUGGAAUUUGUAAGGAUUUGAUUGGAUCUGCCUUGGAAUACCUGGGUCGAAGUCAUGCUGAUGAAAGUAACAUGGCUGACAGUCUAAUCCACUGUGUGUGUACUAUAUGUGCUGGGGUCCGUACCAUCUCUCGAACAUACGAAGAGCAAGAUGCAGACAGCACAGAUACCUUAUUCCUGGUUAAUCGUGAGGCCCAAGCUCAUAGCAUCCAGCUGACUUCUGCAUUUCAGCAGUUGGUGCUGAUGACGAAGCUUUGGAUAGACCUUUUCCCGGCCAAUGAGCAAAGUGCGAAACCUGUGGUUGUCUUGGGGUUGUGCAUCAAGAAGCUUGGGGGAUAUCUACAGCUCCUGCUACAGGGCUGCUGUUCUGAUAUUCCAUCCAUGGUUGUGGAAGCAAGAGACAAGACGAGCCAAACUGGAGAACAAAUUCUACAGAACAUAGGCCAUUUGGCUGCACUGACCGUGACUGAAUUACAUCUUCCAGAACAGAAACUGGAAGAUUGCCUGCAGAAAGCCUGUUCUCGUGCCCUUUGUGAUGGGGUGUUGAUUGGAUGUAAAUACGUCAUUGAUGUUGGUAUAAAGACUAUCAAUACCAUGCAAGGAGAAAUUCAGAAAUGCAGCGUUCGCAAAGAGGUCGAUACAGAAAUUAGGAAGAAUUUGGUUUCAUUGUCCAUCUUUCUACAUAAUAGCCUAGCAAGUUGUGAAAAGCUGGAUUUGGCUUUGCUGUUGAGAGAUUCUCAGUUUUGUGUACCGAGUAGUCUAUCAAGUGUGCUGAAGAACAUGACUGUGUGCUUGGAACGGUUAAGACUGACUGCAAUUUCUGUAUUAGAAGAUUCAGAUGCUGAAGUCUCCCAGCUCCACGCAGCACUUGAAGAUAUUGCAUCGGCUGCUUCAGAAAUCAAUAAGAUCAUUUUCCCCAGGUCUCCCCAAGUCAUCUCUCUCACUGAACUGAGGACUUUCUCCAGAUUAGUGAUGCUUGGUCUUCGCAACAAUGAACAUUGCUCACAUGUGAAACAAGUUCAAACUUUGCACAAACUCACAGACUGUAACUCCUCACCUAGCACUAUACAGUGGGUGUAAUCUUAAUGCUCUGUCUAUAUAGAUGGACGGAGGAUACGUUUACUCCCAUUGACACAUUACAGAUGGAGACAUGCAAUGCAUCACAGAGAUUGAAUUUCAAUGAUAAUGGUUUAACUCCCAUAUAAUAUUGUAAGUACUGUAUAUCUAUUGUGUGGAUGUAAAAAUAUACAUAUUUAAGAUUUUAUUUUUAUUGAUCAGUUUUCGAAGAGUGAGUGUACAAAAUGCAUGCAAGUAAGAGUGCCUCCCACUUUCCAAUAUGAUUUGAGUCCAGAAACUGCGUACAAAAUAAUAUUGGAUAAGUGGUUCUGGCAACAGAAGCUGAGUUUUUCACAAGGCACCAGUCCAACUUAGGAGUCAAAUACAGAAUAACGAGUGCAGUAAAGUUCAACUAACAAGUAGAUUGCACUAUUAAAAUGAAAAAUAAUAUAUAUAGGAUCACGCUUGGCACAUAGUGUUUAUAAAUACACACACAC